UGAUAUGUGAACAUGGCCUUUCUCAAGUCAAUUGAAAAAGCCCAAAAUCAAGCAUUGUGUCAAUUCUGUGAAGAAAAAGAAUCAAAGAUAAAGUGGAAAUGUAUAAACUGUGAUUUGCUUUUAUGUCAACUUUGUACCACAAGAAUUCAUAGUAAAAUUAAAGCCUCAAAGGGACACAAAAUAAUAAACUUAAAAGACUGUGGAACUGAGGAUGCUACUAACAAAACGCCCAAGGUGGAUCUCAAAAAUAUGCAAUGUGAAACCCACAGUGAACAAAAAUACUGGAUGUACUGCACUGAAUGCAGGAUUCCUAUUUGUACAGAUUGUUCAACUGAGACCCAUCAAAAACAUGAAUUGAGAAAUUUUAAUGAAGUUUUUGAUACAAUUGUUUCUGAGAUCAAGGAGUUGAAGGGCAGAAUUGAAAUGGAGAUGCAAUGGUAUGAAAACGAAGGAGCUAAAUUCAAACAGCUCCUUUCAGAUGGAAAACAAAAUUUCCAAGAGACAAAAGACAAAAUACUUAAAACAGAAAAGGAAAUGAAGGAAACAAUAUCCAGAUAUGCUAGUGAUUUGUUACAAGACCUUGAAACAAAAUGGAGGCUACUAGAGAAAAAAUUUAAAGUUGAACUUUCUUCUUUAGCAAAGAAUCAGACAGAUUUAGAAUCACAGAAAGACAUUCUAAAUGAAACACUUCAAUCAAAGCAAUCUUUGGAUAUUUUUACUGCAAGAAAAGGACUAAAUAAGGAACUGGCAAAGAAGCCUCUUAGUACCAUUCAAUUGAAGAAGACACAAUUUAUCCCUGGAAUCAGGUUCAAGAAAUUUAAAAGUGAAAUAAAUUACCAGCUGUUUGGAUAUGUCACAGACAUAUAA